UUUGCCGCGUACGGACUUAUCGUUCCGUUUUCCCGCGACACCAUCACGCGAUAAAUGGCGCCCAAACUGGGACCUCGUUAUCGCGGGUGAUUCGUGGUGGGCAGCGGACAGCCGCGGCGCAAUCACACAUGCUGACGAUAUGGAUACAGUAUGGCCGCGGCACAUUGGCUCAACUCGCUCGGAUACCUGUCGCUGUCACUGCUAUGUCUCCUCGCCACUACCCUUCAGGUCACAAGCGUGCUCGGGGGAGAGACCACGGAGCUCUCGAGUGCGGCUUCGCUCGCUGAACCCUCGCCUACUAAGCUUCCAAAGUGCGACCGCACGUUCGUGAGCCGCGGCGGCGCCUUCAACAGCACCUUCCACGCGCCAGAGCUGCACAACCCCAACAACCACAGCCGCCAGUGCCUCUACACGUUCCUCGCGGCGCCGGGCCAGCGCGUGCUUGUGGAAUUCCGCACCUUCGACCUGCGAGGCAGACCGCCAGAUGGAGCGGCAGUGGGGGAGCUCCCAUCGUGCAUGCACGAGUACAUGGACAUCUACUCGGAGAUGGUGUCGCUGGAGCCGGGCGAGCUGGUCAACUCCGCGUUCGGCGGCCGCUACUGCGGGCCCAUCCCGCCGCGCCGCCGCGUCUCGCUCAACCGCGCGGUCGCGCUCGCCUUCUUUACCGACCACACUUACACGCCGCCUACACUAUUCACGGGAACCUAUCGCUUUAUCAACGCUUCGGAGUUCGAAGUGGGAACGCCAGUGCCGAACACGCUGUGCUCGUACGUGAUCGAGGCGAGCAAGCGCAAGACGGGGCUGCUGCUGUCGCCGACCUACCCCGGCGUGUACCCCAAGGACAUCGUGUGCAACUACAUGUUCAAGGGCCAGGCCGGCCAGCGCAUCCGCCUCGAGUUCCGCGACUUCGACCUGUUCUUCGGCGGACCGCACUGCCCGUUCGACUGGGUGCGCGUGUACGACGGGCCCGACAACACGUCGGCAGUGAUCGGCACGUACUGCGGCCAGCAGCGCAACCUCGUGCUGUACUCCAGCGACGAGCGCCUGCUGGUCACCUUCUACACGCUGCCGCGCGCCGCCAACACGCAGAACCGCGGCUUCAAGGGUAUCUUCGAGUUUUCAGAGAGUUUUGUUAAGUUAGAUUUUAUAAGUAAACACGACGCCGAGCACAUCAGGGGCUCGGAGUGCGAUCAGAAAAUACUUAGUAAAAAGGAAUCUACAGGAUUCGUGUACCAUCCAAAUUAUCCAUUCCCCUAUAUACCAAAAGUUGUUUGUAGAUAUUUUAUAUAUGGUAUGCAAGAUUCACAAAAUUUGGAGAGAGUCCGGUUAGAGUUCCAGAACUUUUCUAUAUCAAAAACUAUACCAAAGGGAGAAAGUCCUAAAGCGGACAGCGCAUGUCCGGAUGGAUACUUGAAGGUUUACCUCCGCGGCCAGGAGGCGACUGACUCAUAUGACAAGCACGAUGCGGAAUUGUGUGGGGAGAGGGAGGAAGGCCCUCCCGCCUUCCCUCCACCGCUUCUGUCAGACGGGCCACGCCUGGUCAUGGUGUUCAGCUCCGGAGACUACCAGGGACGAGGAUUCAAGGCGAAAUACACUUUUGAGACUGAAUACCGUGUGCCAGGCACCGCGGCGCCGGGCGGUGAGUGCGCGUUCACAUAUCGCUCUGAAGCGAAGAAACGUGGCGAGUUCAACUCGCCCCGCUACCCCUCGAACUACCCGUCGCACACCAACUGCACCUACACGCUGGUGGCCACGCCCAACGAGCAGGUCACCGUGGUGUUCGACCACUUCAAAGUGCGCGCUGACUCGUGGAACGCCACAGCUGGCUUGUAUGGUGGCGCAACAUGCAUGGAAGACUGGGUGGAGGCUUGGUGGACGGGCCGCGAGGGCAGCCGCGUUCCACUCGGCCGCUGGUGCGGACUCGCCACGCCCGGCCCGCUGCAGUCGCCGCGCGGAGCCCUAGGCCUCCUCAUUGCAUUACACACCGACUAUGAAUCUGUUGCGUCCGGGUUCAAGGCGCGAUACGUUUUUGAGCCGGCGAAGUCAAUCUUUGGCGACUGCGGCGGCAACGUGUCCGGCUCGUCGUGGGGCGCCGUGACGUCGCCGCGGUACCCGCUGCCCUACGAGCCGCCGUCGCGCGGCGCCGCCUCGCGCGUCUGCAACUGGUUCAUCACGGCGCGCCCCGGCAAGCGAGUUCUCAUCAACUUCGAUCACUUCGCCGUCGAGGGGCAUCUUACAGAGCGCGGAUGUCCGGCGGCGGUGCUGCGGCUGUGGUACGAGAGCCCGGGCCCGCCGCUCGAGCUGUGCGGCGAGAAGGCGCCUUCCGACCGCUGGCAGUACCUCUCCACAUCCAACUCCAUACGACUCUCGUUUAUAAUAGCUGACAAGUCGGUGGGCGCGGGCGGGUGGCGCGCCAUCUGGACCGAGGUGACAGUGGGCGGCUCGGGCGACAAUUGCCCGGCGGCGUGCGGCGGCGCGUGCCUGCCCGAGCGCGCCGCGUGCUCCGGCCUGCAGCACUGCGCGGGCCAGCCCGCUGGCAGGCCCGACUACUGCGGUGCGGCGUCGGGCCAGGCCGCGCCGCGCGCCGUGCUCGUCGUCCUCUCGCUUGUGCUCGCCGCCCCGCACUGACCGGGCGCUGCACACGUGAGUCUAUAUAUUCCUUCACCUCCACCCUUCACCACGCUUCCACACGCCUUCGCCACUGCCUUGCACUUGAAGCCUUGCUGUGUCAUUUCUGCUCAGCUUCUCACCUGCUUUUUCUAUAUCAUCACCAUGAAUUCACAGCCGCCAUUUAGGUCAACAUAAAAGCCAAUAGAUAUUUACUAUGCAUACCUACUUAAUAAA